CAUAAUUAGUUUUUUCUUUCCAUGAUAGGGAAUGGUUAUUGUGCUGUGAAGGAGUGAAGGUUCUUUUGUCUUAUUUGACCAUCUUCCCUCUAUAAAAGGCUCACAACACCCCUCUCAAAAAGACCCCUUAUCCUCUCCAUCCUUGUAUAUUCAACCUUUCUUUUCCCUUCUUCCAAGAAUACUGUUUAAGGCUACUGUCAAGUUAGAUUAAUGGAGGAAAUCACAUCUUUAUGGAGCUAUCAAGAGUCUAUGGAUGAGUUGAGGACGAAGCUUCUGUAUGCAACUCUUGAACUGCAGAGGUUGAAGGUUGAAUCCAGGGAGGAGAUGAGGAAGAACAAAGAGUAUGUGAAGCAACUGGUUCAGCUUGUGAACACUGCUUGCAGGGAAAGAGAUGAAGCAAGAAACCAGAUUCAGAAAGUUCUCAGCAGCUUUUCUCAGGUGGUUCAAACUGAUCAGAGCCCUCUUGUGAAGCCUGCAAGAGCAAAUUCGGGAUUGACAGAAUCGAACUGCAGCCUGUCUGAUGCCCAGAACCAUUACUUGUCACACGGGUCUUCCCCGGUUGAGUCGUUGUUGGAUCCAGUGUCGUCGCCUGAGCUCUCGAUCAACGGUGGCGAUUCGAAAGCUAUGGUGUUCUUGAACCAGAACCAGACUCCUUUGGUUUUGGACUGCAAUGGCAGUGUUCCCAGGGUGCCUGAACUUGAUCAGGGGACAUUGGUAAUUGACAGUCUUGUAAAGGGGAAACCUUUGCCUGAGAAAGGCAAACUCCUGAAUGCUGUGCUCGAGGCCGGGCCGCUUCUCCAGACACUCCUGCUAGCCGGUCCACUUCCCAGGUGGCGCAACCCGCCUCAGAUCAAACACUUUCACAUUCCACAGGUUUCCAUCAGAGGCUGUGAUGCAGAUGCACAACAGCCUUAUUUUGAGAUGUCUUGUGGUUCUUCACAAAUGUUGUCCACAUCUAUGUUGAACUUUGGCACUGUUCCUUCUGGAGGCUGUGUUGGAAACCAGAUGUUGAUAUCUUCAGGUUCGAAUAUCGAGUGCUAUGGCCAUAUGGGCAAACGACAACGGCUCCAUUGACGAUGAGCUUGAAAGAAAUUUUUGUAUAUUUAAGGUGGGGGUGGUGUAAAUGGGAUAAACUCAUAUUGAGUUGAGUGAUAUAGCCUUUUCAUUCUAGUUCAGCUUUCUUAUUCUUAGCCAAUCAGUCCAAUAAAUUUCACACUUAAUUCUUGC